AUUGUGGCAAUAGUGUGAAAACUGCUCAUGUGCGGUUGUGCGCAAACGUAAAAAUUGACCACCCGCCCCCGCCGAGUAGAUAUCUGAUAAUUUUGACGUCGUCGUAGUAUCGACUUGUCCGAGUUUGUAGGUAUCGUCAACUACCUACUGUCGUUUCCGUUUUCGUUCGAGAUCUCGUUCUCGCGUUCGUGAUAAUACAAAUUUCUAUUGUUAACGCAUAUUAUAAAACGGUCUAUAUUUUAUUUUACACAAGUACAUGAUGGACUGUUGUGUGUAAAGCGGUCUCGCCCCAGAAAAACACAAACGUGGAGUACGUUUUUAUUGCAGUUCGCCCGCCGCGCCGUUGACACCGCCUUCACACACACGGACGCACACGGUACCCGAGACGCCGUUAAUCUAUAGAUUCUUCCCGACAAUCUGAGAUAAGGCGUUGUUUUGGUUUUGGAUUAGUUUUUUAUUGUAUACAAGUAGACUACAGCCACUGCCUUUGAAAUGGAUAAGAGGAAGUUGUCGUAAGUAUAUUAUAGUAAUAUAGGUACAAUAUGCGCACGCGUUGGAAUUAUAAUAAAAAGAUAUUGACCGAUGCCUUUUUUCGUGGGUGUCACCCAUAGUGUGGCUUAAUCGCCGUCGUAUGUCAUUUAUGAACACAAUUGUUAGUGUGUGAGUAGGUUGUUACUAUAACUUUACCGGAUAAAUCCAAAUGCUUAUUGUAAUAUUGUUUAAAUUUCUGUGGUUAUGGAUUACAAUUAUAUUAAGUGCCUUGACGUCAUAUUUAAACUAUAAAUAUAUGUAAUAUUUAUAUCGGAUAUUGGGGGUGGACUGGGAAUACAACUGUUUAUAAUAUGUGGAAUACCUUGUCAAAAAACAACAUUAUUAUAAUAGAAACAAUUAUUUGGUAUUUUAAACGAAAAGUAUUAUUUCUUUAUCUAAAUAUAAAAACUUAUAGGUAUGUUUAUUCAAUUAAAGUUCAUUGAGCCUACCAGUACGUACCCUUAAUUGGAAAGAAAGCCCCAAAAGGCAAAUAACUGGUAAUUAGGUAUUUGCAUUUUGUUAAUUGUAUUGGUACACAAUUAUAUUAUACACAUUACUUUUGCCUAAGUGUUUGAUAUUACAACAUGAUGCGAUCAAACUAUUAAUUAUUACAUUUAUAGUUUCAAGAUUGAGAUAAAAUUUGAAUGGUACCUCCAGUCAUUAUUAUUUUUUGCUGUUUCUCUUGACAUAUGGUGGUCCAGAUGUUAAAUAUAAUCCGUUAUAUAUAGUGUCUUAAAUUUACCUUUUAUAUGGUUUAAAAAUAAAAAAAAUACUAAUAGGUAGGUCAUUUAUAGGUAAUAGUUAAUAAUAUAUUUAAUAUUUAUUAAUUUAUCCUAAGAUAAUAGUAUUAUUAUAAUUUAUAAUCUACUUAUAUUUUAUAUUUAGCCAUAUCACAUGAACAUGAACAAUUAUCUAAUAAGAAACCGUUUAUUAUAAUAAUAUUGUAAUAGUGUUUUACAAAAUGUCUUCAUACUACCUAUGUUAAUUGUGAAUAGUUGAAUAUAUUAUUCAGCUUAUAGAUGUACUCAGAGGUACAUUCACUAUGAUUAUUUUUUUGUCCUUUAAGCUAAAAAAUGUCAAAUUAGGUAGAUAGGUACUUUAUUUGGGUAAGUAAUAACUUUUUAUAAUAAAUGCCAAAUACCUAUAAAAUUAAAUAUAAAUAUCACAUUAGUACAAAAUUGUCAUCAUAAUGCACAUUUUAAGUUCUACUUACAUUUUUUUUUUUUUAUGAAAACCUAAGUACUUGGUUAAUUUACUCAUGAAUUUCAUACCCAUAUUUAUGAGGAUCACUGUAUCAUUUUCAAAAUAAGAACACAUCACGCUGCAUAUCCAGACAGUUCCAGACGUUAUGUGAUUGAUUAUUAAUUAUUAGUAAAGACAUGCGCGCACAUGAACAAAUUUUAGUCCUCCGCUCAGUGCAUUCUUAUUCUGAAAAUAGUAUACAGACCUAUAGGUAUUUUGCUAAAUAUGAUGUUCAAUACUAUAAGAAUAUCUCUGGAAAUAUCUAUUAAAAAUAUUUUUAUUUAUUAUUGUCGACUUUAAUAUUUAUAAUCUAGUUAGCACUAGUUUCAUGAUGAAAACUUUUGAUUAGAAGUGUUUUUGACACUAAAUAUGAUGGUAUAAUCAGAAUUUAGUGGUUGGACUUACUUUUUAAGUUAUAGAACUUUGAAGUUGGAUAUAUAAUAUAAUGUGAUAGUGGAAAACAUUAGUUACCAUAAAGUUCUUUUACUUUUUUUUUUGAAACCUAACUAUAUAAAAUUAUUAGUCAAAAACAACAUUGUAAAUGUGUUAUGUUAGAUUUGGUGGUUAUAUUUAGUUUUUGAGUUAUUAUUAUUUUAAAUUGCCCAAUAUUGAGUACAGUGUGCUCGGUUUUGUUUUGCGACAUUUACAUUUAGAACCCUAUCCUAUUUGAAGCAGUAUUUAGUUGGAAAUACUAGGGUAGGAAAGUUAGUGAUUUUAAGUUUGUUGUUCCACUAUGGUUUUACAAUCUUGACAUGAGUUCGUGAAGCGAUCUCAUGGUGUCCAUUGGAUUUUUUGUUGUUACUUAUCUAAUGUUAUCAAUAUGUGUAAAAAUGUAAAAUUGUAAACUUAAAAAGGGUAUAAUUUCGAAAUAAAUUUAGCCGAUACCACUUAUUAACUGGUUUAUAGUGGCAUUCUGGUUGGUGAGUGAAGCCAGUAGGCAUAGCAAACUGUUCAUAAUUGUUUUGAGUAUUAUGUUUAGUGACAUACCUACAGUGUUUAAUUUACUAUAACUUCUAAUAUAAUAGUUUCCAACAAAUUCGGUUUGCACUUUAUCUUCAAAAUUGAAAACUCCCUGUCUUUUCAAAAAUAAUUUGGCUUUUGGCAAGUUCUGAAGUGUUUGAAGUUUUUUGCUACAACUUUCUUUAAUACAAAUUUCAAUUAUUUUUAGAAUCAAAUGUUGUCUUCUCAAAAAGAUUUUGAAAAUUGUAUUGAGGAGUUUAAUAAGAUUUGUUUCUUAUAAACAAUAGAAAUAAGUCUAGUUUACAGUUCAAGACAUAUUUUUAUUAUUUGAAAAUUGUUGUUUAUAAUUAGUAAAUUAUAGUAAAAAAAACAGGGAGAAAACCCUCAAAAUUUAAAAUUUUUCCAAAAUCACUGUUUUUUUUUUUUUAAUUAGUCAAAAAAGACUUUUAAUUUAUGAUUUUUUUUAUGUUAAAUCGAUCAGUGUAACCAUAAUCCAAAUUAUAUGCUUACUUAUUGAGUAAAUAAUAAUAAACUUUUUAAAAAACGCAAUUUUGUCUUAGCAGUGUCUGCUUACACUUCAUAUUAUUUGUGUAUACUCUGUUUUGGGGGCUUAUAAAUUUAAAACCCUUUUUCUUUAAGUCUGUUGUUUGAAAAAUUGUGCCGAUGAUGUAUUUUAGUAAAAACAAAUAAACUAAAUUUACAGGUACUCAGACUUAUAUCAAACUGCUAUAUUUUAUUGAAUUGUACACAACUUAGUUUAAAUACUAUUUUACUAAAAAUAGUUUAUUAAUGAGUCAUAAGAUAUUGUUUAAUCUAUCUUAUGUUUUAUUUGUUUAUGUAUUUAUUUGUUUACUAAACAAAAUGUACGCCUAGCUGCAUUAUUAAAUUAAAUUGUACUUACUAUUAAUGUAAACAUAACAAAAAUGUAAAAUAAAAAUAGAAUAAAUGAAAAUACAAGAUAGGUACAAAGUUAUUGUUACAUUUGGGUAGAUAUUUAUUGAUUACAAUUUUUUUAAAUUAUUACUAUCUAGUUAAUUCAAUUAAAUAAUUUGUUAUGCACAUAAAACAUAAAUAAACUACAUACAUACUGUUUAAAAAAUAGUAAUAUCAUAGAAUUUAUCUAAUAAAAAUGUAUAAUUAUUAAUUAUCAUUACCUUUUUAGAUAGGUUUUUUAAUGUGAUAAAUAUAUGGAUAUGGACAUAUUUAAAACAGAUAAUUCUAAUAGAAUAUCAUAUACUUACAAUUACCUAACUACACACCUAAUAUUUUAUUAGGUAUUAGUGUUUUACCUAGGUGUAUUUUUUUUUUACAUAAAGUUGCUUUUGUUUUUGUUUAUAUUAAUAUUGAUAUAAUGUUUUCAUCAGCUUUGGUCUUGGUUUUGAGUUAAAUGAAAUUAAAAAAAAAAAUAAAAAGAAUUUGAACAAAUACAUAGGUAUUUUUUCUGUAACUACUAGUACUCAUUAUAUUUUAUAAUUAAAUUAAUUUUGUAAAAAAAAAAAAUGGAUUCUUGGAAUUCAGCUGGAAUCUGCCGUUAGGAUAAGUACCUAUUAGUCAUAGACAUAUUAAUAAUAUUAAUAUGUCCUAUUUUAUUAGUAGGUACUUAUAUAAACUUUUAUCAAAGUAUUAUAUUAUUAUAAUAUUGAGUAUGGAAUAUAUUUAUUUAUAUUUUAUUUCCACUUAACUAUUAUAGCUUCUUAUAGAACCAAAAGAAGUAAUAUUCCAGUGACUAUUAUUAAAGUAUAUAUAAUUGUAGUUACCUUUGGUAACUACUUAUAUUGGUAUAUUUAAUAAAUAACAAAUAAUUUGUUUCACAUUUUUAUAAAUUUGUUUUAUUUUAAAUAUAGAUAGAUAGUUCAUAAAUAACCAUAAUGAUAGGUACAUAUUAAAUAUUUUAACAUAAUUAGGUCAAGUUUUAUCUUUACUGAUAAAAUUUACAAUAGAGAAUGUUCAUGAUUAAUCUAAGGAAUUAUUCAAACGAAUAAAUGAUACAUUAAGAGUAUACAUAGAUUACUGCUUGUAAUAAAAAUAACAAAUAAAUGGUAAUUUAGUUUUAAUGUUAAUGUUAUAAAAGUAAGAAUUAAAAAUAGGUUUCCACUGUUAAUAUUAUUUUACAAAUGUGUUAAGAAUAAAAUAAACGGUUACCUAUAUUAAAAUAACAACCUUUAUUUAUUUAUGUAUUAAUUUGAUUUCUUUAUACAAUUCAAGCUUUUUUUUACAUUUGUAUUGUUCCAUUGACAGCUUUACAUAUUUGGUCUAUUUGAUUAUUAUUAAUAAAAUCAUGAAUAACACUAUGGUUUAUACGAUGUUUUACACUCUCUGUUAGUGGACCUUUAAAAAACACCUCUACUAUGUAUAACGCUCCAUUAAAAAUAAAAUUUGGUACAAAUUUAGGUAAUUCUGAUACACUCACUUCCAUUGUGCCAACUGAAUUUAAAUUGACAUUAUACGACACCUGACAAUUAAUUGGUCUUACAGCCAUUUUUACAUCAAAUAUGUUGUUUGACAUAGUGGCCCAUAGUUGACAUCUAAUCCCAAAACAAGUCGAGUUGUCCCAAAUUACAUCUAAAUGGUGUAUGAUGAACGACAUUUCUAUCCAAGUUUCUAAUUUUCCAGGAUGUAAAAUGACAUUACCAAUUCGCUGAACAUUUGAUAUUUUAUCAAUGUGACCGCCGGAUCCAACAAACAAUCCAACUGAAAAAUCGUGUAUUCCUGUUUGUAGCAAAGACUUGUAUCGAUUAUUUUGACUGUUAUCAUUUAACACCACAUCAAAAAAUUCAUUUAAAAUAUUUUGUUUGUUUGCUGUUGUUAUGUGUAAUAUUAUAUUAGAAAACAAGAUAAAAAUAUGUAUUUUUGUAUUCAUUAUAAAUUUGUAUAAUAUAAUAUUACCCAUUCAAAUAAAUAUUAGCUUCGACUUUAUGAGACUACAGGAAGUGUUAUAUUAAAUUCUUCUCUUGUUAAGUGAUUAUUAAAUAUGCUAACACUCUCUGGAAUUUAUAUCCCCUCCAAUAUGAUAUAUAUAUAAGCUUCCUCCCUAUUAUUUUUUUCACUUGAUAAAAAAAAAUAUGAACAAUUUUUUUUUUAGUUUUAAAUAAUAGGUAGUGUGUAGGUUUUAACCAAUUAAAAUAUGAUAUUAAAGUUUUCAAAUAAUUAUAAUAUAUGAUAUUGUUAAUAUCUUAUAGAAUAUUAUGCAUUUUAUAUAUUUAUAUUUAACACAUUUAAAUUAGUUUGAAUAAGUGACUUGGUAUAAGUGUGUAGUGUGUAUAGUAUAGUCUAUUAAAACAACAUAAUACAUAGUAACUUGAAAAGUAUUUAUAUUUCAUUAUUUAGUAUUUACUUAAGUAUCUAUAAUGUUAAACUAACUUAUUUCUUUUAAGUCUUAAAAAGAUUAAAUUAUUUUUACUAGUGGGAUAAAACAGAUUGUAAGUCUUGUCUGAAUAUAUUAUAACUAAAACUUCUUGUACUUAGUUGAGGUAAAAUUUACUAUUUCAAAACUAGGUAAAUAGGAAUUUUAAUGAUAUGUCGUACAUUUAUCUAUUAAUAUUUGUAUUACCUUAUAUGUAGGGCACAGGGAAAAAAACAGAAAAUUAACCUUUUUUCAAAUUGAGAAAAACGUGUUUUUAAUUUCAAAACUUAAUAAUUUUUUUUUUAUAAAUUAACAAGUUCGGAUUAAGUUUAAUGUUCAUUUUUGAAAUUUAGUAACCACAACACAAUAAUGCCAUAUUAACCAUGGCAAUAGCCGUUUAUUAACCCAUCAUUUGUCUUGUUCUCUCCCAGUAUGAAUUGACUUACCGGUUUUUUGUCGGUUUAAUCAUAUAAAAAACACAGUAUGUCUAUACAAAUGGUUUGAUACCAAUUCCGCAAUUUUGAAAAGUUGUAGUGAAAAUAAUUAUUAUCUCUAAAGUUAUAACUUUUUUUAUUUUUAAAAGUAAAAUUUAAAAAAAACAUUCAAGAUUCUCAUUUUACAGUAAAAUAUUAAAAGUCACAAAUUUAGUUAGUAUACAAUUUUUACUAUAGCUAAUGUGUCAUUUAAAUUAUAGUUAUAUUUAAUAUAACUCAGAUACAUAGUUAAAUAAUAUUAAUCUAUUACUUUUAAAAAUGUGUGUUUGGAUAAUUUAACUUUAAUUAGGUACCAAUAUAUUAAUUUAAUUAAUUAUAACAUUUAAUUUUGCUAUUUUUGUUUAGUACAUCAGGAGAUUCUCUCUAUGUUACUCUGAGCUUAGCCAAGACUGCAGAAAGUGAAGAAAUAAAAAGGACAUACAGAAAACUUGCAUUAAAAUACCAUCCUGAUAAGAACACUGGUAACCCAGAAGCUGAAGAAAAGGUUUGAUAUAGUAUUUAAAAACAUAGAAUAUACUUUAUUUUUAAAAAUGAAUACUUUCUUCUCAUAUUUAUUUUUCUUAUUGUUUUCAGUUUAAAGAAAUCAAUAAAGCCUACAGAAUUCUGACAGAUCCCAGGAAACGUAAUAUUUAUGAUAAUUAUGGCUCCUUAGGAUUGUAUAUUGCAGAGCAAUUUGGCGAAGAAAAUGUCAACACUUACUUCUUUGUCACCUCAAAGUGGUGCAAGGUGUGUAUGAAAUUAUUUAAUAUUUUUCUUCACCAAUUUUGUAUUAGGUGUAUAGCUAAUAUGUCAUUAUUAUUUUUCAGGCAUUAAUAAUUGGUUCUUGUUUAAUAACUGGCUGCUGCUGUUGUUUCUGUUGUUGUUGCUGUUGCAAUUUCUGUUUCGGCAAGUUCAAACCAAAGGAACCUGAAGAUCAACAAGCAAAUUACACAAAUUUACAUGUAAGUAUUCAAAUUUAUUAAACGUGUUUAAGUUUUAUUUAACUAUACGCAUGAGGUCAAUUCUGGAUUUUUAACAACAAACACAGGUGCGUUUUGUGACUAAAAGCAUGGUAUAUUAAUUAAAAAAAAAACUAUUUGUAUAUGAUUAUUAAUUGUUAUUAAUACAUGUUCUCUUAAUAAUAUAUAAUACAAAUUGUAAGUAUACCUUGUGUUUUGGUGGAUAAAUUUAUUGCAAUAUUUGGUGAUUUGGUUAUUUAUUUUUAUAUUUUCAAAUUAUUAUGCCUUUUGUUCCCUCAGUUAAAUAAAAACUGUCAUUAUACCUUGUAUUUCAGAGAAAAACUUGAUUAUUUAUUUUUAUUAUUACUAUUUUUAAUUAAAAUUUAUUGUUGUUAAGUAAUAUCAUAUUAUUGAAUAGUUAUGUAUUGGAUUGAUUAUAAAACUUACUAUUUUACCCUUAUUGCAUUUUGGAUUUUUGGAUUUGACAAAAAGUUGCAGACUGAAAUUUCACUAGAGGAACUACACAAGUUUUCCCCCGACAGUGUGUCAGUGUUUUAAAAUCAAAUUGAAUUAUGAAAAAUAUGAUUUUAGUGUUAUCAUAAGGGAAAAAUAUAUUUCGCACAACAGGUGGGCCAUUGUUGUAGUUGAGAAGGUAGGAUAUAGAGGGAAAUUUAAUUUAUAUCUGUGCACAAUGAUAAUCAUUGCUAAUAACAAACAAUUCUGAGCGGAGUUCAAUUUUACAUGUUUUGAAAGGCCAUAAUAUUAUCAUCGUAAAUUUAUAUUCAUCAUUUAUAAUGAACCUCGUGUUAAAUUUUCAAGCAUUUUUGUUAAGUCCAACAAUUUUAUCCACUGAGUACCAACUGAAUACAAAUUAUGUGCAGAACUCACAGAAUUAAAAUGUAUUAAUAACUCAAAAAUUACUAGUGUUUUGAUAGUUAUACCACAUCUAGAAAAAACAAGUAUAAGUUUUCUAUCUAAAUUUGCAGUCUUUUUAUAAGUAUUUUUAACAGAAUCACAAGAAAAAUAAAAUUGAAAAUUAUUUUAUAAAUUUUCCUGUUUUUUCAAUUAUUAAGAAAAUUCUUUUAAAAAAAUCAAAAAAUGACCUUAGAAGUACCAACAAGAUGAAAUGUUGUUUUAGAAAAACUGUAGUAUUCAAAAAAUAAAUAAACAUAAUUUUAAAACUUAUGCAUUCCUCGUUACUCUCCAAAUCUAAAAUAUUAAUAUCAUAUUUAUGUUUAUAUGUUUAAGUUUGUAUUAUGUUUAUUCUUGUGUUGACUGUUGGUAUAUGUGUAUUUGAGUGAUUAUAAUUUUCAACUGUAUGUAAUUGAUACAAAUAAUUUUAAAUGAUAGUUAUACAAAAAUGUUGUCUUCAAUAACUAACAAAACUGUAUUACAUGUACGUAAUUGCAAACAAUAAUUCCCAUUUGAAAUAUCAUGUCUAAAUAAUAUUUAGUAUAAAUAUAAUAUUUUCAUGUAUUUAAAACUAAGAGAAACAUGUGGGUGGAAAACAAAACACUGCAUAGGUACUUAUUUAUUGAGUAAACUAAUAAGUGAAAACAGUUUCAACAUUUUUGCAAAAAAUUGAUGACACUAUAGGUACCAUAGUUGAUGAAUUAAAGAAAAUAAGCAGGUUUAUUGGAGGGUUUAAUUGGGAUUGGUUACUUUGGAUAGCCUCAUCACAGUGGUUUCUUAACUGAGUUUUAGUUAAAUUCAAUGUUUUAGUACUGUGCACACUGACUAGUGUGCACAUUUUUAUCAAAUCAAAAUGCUAUUAGUAAUUCUUAGUGAUUCAAAAUAUACUUACUGAAUGGUUAUUAUAAUUUUUUGAACUUUGGAAUUAAUUUAUGAUUUUAGAUUCUGUGCGUAGCGAGGGAGCUAUUGAUUUUACUAAGAUGUUUAUUUUUUUUUUCUAGUUUGUGGACACGUUUUUCUCUAAUAAACUUACUCUAAUUUUUACAUGUAGCAACUUUUCUGAAAGUUCAAGUUGUCUUGAUGGUACUUUAGAGAGGUAAUGUUUUGAUUUUUGACCCCCAUUUUUUUUUUAAAAAAAAAGUAUUUAAGUUGGAAAAAAUGUAGGAAAACGUACAAUUUCACUAAUUUAAUUAUUUUAUUUUUUAAAAAUACUGACGACAUUUUCUAACAGAAAAAAUGUUUUAAUUGAAAAAUCACAUGACACCUUUUUGAUUUACUUUCUUACAGUAUCAUCGCCAAAACUUUUGAGCCAUUUUUGAGUUUUUAAGGAAUUUUAACUUUUGGAAGUUUUUUGUUGUCAUUUGGUUAUUAAUACACAUAGAGACCUGAAAGUUAGUUAUAAUUCAUAAUUAGACGUUCCUAAAUUUCCAAAAUGAUGGAAUGACUUAAAUCAAAUUUAACGAAAAUUGCAUAAAAAAAUUAUGGUACUUCAAAUUAUGUAUUACCGAACUGCGUUCGGAAUCAUCUUUCGUUAAGUAAUGAUUUACUAUUGUUUACACAUAUAAAUUAAAUAAUCUUAUGUAUCCUACCUACCCAAUUUUUUAUCUACAACAGUGGCUGUUCCUAUCCCCAGUAUCAGUUCUUUUUUUUUAUCCAAUAAUCUUAAAUAUGUUUGAAUAAACAUUUGAAUGCAAAAUAUUGUACCUAGCUUAUAAUCUAUAAAUAUUUAUAAAUUAGGUAAUAUCAGUGUAGAGGGGCAAAAUAAUUUCAACUCUAGAUGUAUUUUCACCUUUUCUUUCCCCUUUUAAGAAAUAAACUUUAAAUAGUCAUAAUUUUAUAGUUAAAAAUAAUAAAUUUUAUUAAUUAUUGUAUAUUUGUUUUGUGCUAAAGGUGUUGGUCACCCUAUUUUGCAAACUGUUUUUACUUUUUAUAGCGUAGAAAUCCUAUUAAUUCAAAGAUAAUAUUUUUACCGAAAAUACAAAUAACUGUUUAAGAACUAGACCUUAUUUAACCCUACUUAUAUGUAUCAAACCGUACAAGAUUAUCAUCAAAAAUAUCAAAAUACCUACCAUUAAACAUACUCUUAAAAAACCAUUUUAAUAAAUUGAAUAAAGUUAUAAAUAUUUUUACAUUUUUUUUUCUAUUAAAAAAUAAAUAAAAUAAUUAUGCAAUUUGUCCUUUUUUUUUUUUUAUUUUAGAAAUUUGAAAAUCGUAUUAUUAAUUUCCAAGAAAGAGUUAAUAUUUUGAAAAAAAUAUCAGUAGUAAAUAUUUUUAGGAAACGCACAAUACUGCAAUAAUAGUUAUGUAUUGGUAACUUUAUAAUUCAAAAAAAUAAUCUCAGAAAUACAAUAUCAAGAAUUCUUCAAAAAAUAUAAGCAAUAUUAUGUGUAUUUUUUUUGAUUUAAAAAGAAAGAGUUAACAAUGAAAAAAGCAAUUAUUUAUUCAUACUUAAAAACUGGAUAUCUUAAUACUAUUUUAUUUUUUUGGAAACUUAAAUUUAUAUAACUUAAUGAAUACAAUUUUUCAGAAAAUCUAAAUAAAUAUUAUAUAUUCCUAAUACAAGUUUAAUUGAUUUUACUAUUGCUAUAUUUUAUGCUAUUAUAUAUAAUGGAUAUAUUUUUAAGUAAUAUGUUGUAUGUUGAUUAUUGGGGAAAAUGAAAAUGAAUCUGUAUGAUUUUGUUGGUUUAUAAUUUAAAUUUCAAAAUUCCUGAUUUUGUAAUACAUGCAUAAACAAAUUGAAAUUAGGAAGUAUUUAAAAUUGUAUUAAACUUUUUGUUUAGAACACAUACGAAUACUAUUUGUUAUUUGACGUAAAAAAUAAAUUUAACUGACAAUAGUGAAAUAAUAUUGACCAAACAGUCCAUAAAAAUAGUUAUUUUCUUUUUCUUUAGUAUUAUUUAUAUAAUAUUUUUUGGUUUUCUAAUUAAAUAAAUAUAUUAUUUGUUAUUGAUAAAUUUAAAGUACAUAAUAUAUUCUUGUUUUUAAUAUUUUAGCUUUACGAUCCAUUUUAGUUCUUAACUGUCAAAACUAUCUCCCUCCAUUUCUCUUUGUCAUACUUUAUUUGUAAAUCUCUUUUAUCUUGGAAUACCAUAUGCCACAGCUUAUUGUAUUGACACUGUUUAUCUUUUUUAUGGCUUUUCUCUUGGUCUCCUUACCUCUAGUAUAUUAUUACUAGAGGUAAUAAUAUACUCUUUUUAUAAAUUUCUUAAUUAUUUAAGAAAUUUAAAUUUUAUGUCCAAAUAAUAUGAUAAUUCUGUGCAUAAAAUUAAAUUUUAUUUAAAAAAUUAUUCAUAAAAUAUUGUAUGAGAGUUAUACAGUAAUAAUAACUCUAAAUUUAAGUUUAUAAUUAUUAGUUUAGCACAAUAUUUGUAUAGGUUCUAAAUUAAUUGUUUUUAAUUUUAAAAUAUUUAAAUUAUUUUUUGUACAAUUUAUUGCAUGCUUAUAUAGUUUUAUUAGUAGUACCUAUCAUUUUAUUAGAAUAUUUUCGUUUUUAGUUUUAUAAUAUAGUUUUAUUUAUUUUGUUUGUUUGGUUGAAAACUGUUGGUUCCAAUUUUUUUUGCAUUUAACGUUUGCUUGUUUUCCGUGUUUAUUUUUGUAGAACGGCGGAGCAGAUCAUACAAAUGACGGUAUACAUAAAAAGGUAACUUAGUUGAAAUUGUUCUUAAGUAUAUUGUUAUAAGUAGUAGUAAUAGUAGUAGUAUUAAUAAUUGUAAAUUGUGUUAAUUUGUAUGGUUGACACAUUUGAUUAUAAUACUUUUUUUUAAAUGUGUAUGUCUUAUUUAUUAACUGAGUAGUUAACAUAAUUAUUAAUGUUUUUUUUUUGAACAGCUUUAGAACCUAUUAAUGCCUAUUGUUGCAAUACAAACUUCCAUUUCUACCCUUCCAUUUCUCUCUGUUUUGAGUUACUUCACUAAAAUGUUUUAUAAUUAGUUGUCUUAAUUCCUUUAUGCUUUUAUCAAUCACAGGGUUUCCUUGGUAAGUCGAGUUUAGGAUAUAAUUUGGAUCCUGUUACGUGAUGGAGCCAAUUUGGUUUUUUAUGUUGGAUUUGUUUUAUUAUAUAUUUUGUUUGUGUCCCAUCGUUUUAUUUUUUAGGUAUGGAGAUCUUCAGGAAUUUUUCUUAUCCUCCUGAGUUGUGGUCCAUGUUACAUUAUGAUUGUCUUAUUAAUACUAUGUAUAAUUUUUCUUUUGAUUUCUUUGGUUCAGUGGUUAGAUCUUUAUUAGUAUGGUGACAUUAAAAAAAUCAGAAUUUUUUGUACUUAGAAUCUAAUAUAAAUAUAAGAUUGUUAAUAUAUUUAACUUAGAAGUAUAAGAUUAAUACCAAUAAAGAUCAUUUAAUUUGUAAUAUAUUUAUGAUUUCUAAUAUAAUAACUUGUGGUGGUUGGGAAUUUUACUAAAAUAACUAACAUGCAAUAAUAUUAAUUAAUUGUAAAUAAUUUAUAAAAUGACCACUAACAGUAUUUGAUUAUAAAUUCUUACACAAAAUAAUUAUUAAUAAAUCACUAUGGUUUAUUAUUUAAAUUGCUGGAAGAUAGAUGUUAAAAAUACUGAUGUAUUGUGUGCAUGUAAAUUAUUGCAUUCAUUAAAAUAUUUUAUUUACAAUUUUUAUUUAAAAAAAAACAAACAAAAUGGGUAGCUGCUUUUAUCACAUGUAUCAUUAUAAAUUCUUGUAAUUAUCUUGUAUAUUUCUUGUGCCCGAAAGAACAUAGAUUGUAUAUUCCAUAAUAAUAAUAAAAUAUAAUACAUUUUUUCAUUUCUAUUUUACUAAUACAUUUUUAUAUUUAAAUAACUAAAUGAAAAAAUGAAAAAAUUGUUUUCAAGAUAAAUGUAAUUUCAAGGUCCUUUUACUCCAUUAAAAUGUUAUUUAGUUAAGUUCACAGAAUACUGGUGAUAAUUGGGAUUGAUUAUGAUUAUUUAUUAUAUUUUAUUUUUGAUUUAUUCAUAUAUUAUAUUAUUGGUUUUAAAUUCAGGAGGAUAGCGAAGACGAUGUUGUAGUGAAUCAGCCGUCAUCUACAAACGCUUCUACAGGAGGCACAGCACAGCACACCAACGCGUUUGCCAUGCCUAUACCGCUAUCAGCUAAUGAAACUACUGCAUUGAAUCCAGAUGGUACACCCACAAAGUACUCUGCAAGCAAAUAAUUUGCUUUUGAAAAUCACCUAUGCCUCCCAGACACAUACUUUCAUGUACGAUUAAACCACAGUUAAUAAUUUUACCCUCUUAGUGAAAUUUUAUUACAAAACAUCUUAACAAAACUGGUUUUAGUUUCCAAUAUUCGCACAUUUUAUUAAUGUAUUACGACAUAAUUUCAAUAUAUUAUUAUUUAUUAGUCAUACACAAAAUUUACCACCUAUAGGUAACUUAACCCUAUAAGUAUGUGUGAAUGAAUUAUGUUGUGUGUUAUUCUCUUACUUUUAUUUUUAUUCAUAUUAAAUAUUGGAUGGUUUAACUCAUAAUCUAGUCUAGUGUGUUUGUUCCAAGUUUUGAUAGGGUUCAUAGAUGUUCUUGUAAAACUAGAGACUAGAAAGGCUUCUUAAGUUUCUGCUCCUACAUAAUAUUUAUGUUAAUUAGGGUAUGGGGCAAUAGAUAUUUGAGAAUUUUCUACAAUAUGAUAAUUCACAAGAUUUGGAUAAUGAUUCCUGUAAUUUGUUUGUUUUGUUUAGAUAAGAUUCAUUGAAGACUUGCUUUUUAUUUAAUAAAUUAAAAAUAUAUUUGAUGAACAUUUCAAUGUUUAAUGCCUUAAUAUUUAUUACACCCUGAACAAUUUAAUCCGAACAUGAACAUUGGGUAAAUAUUUUUAAUAUUAGUUUUCACUAAUAUAUAAUAAAAUAAUCACAACUCAUUCUUUAAUAUUUUAGAUGUUUUUUUUAGUAAAUUAAGAAUUAAUUAAUCAUUUAUUGGAAUGCCAUUUUAUUCUAUUAUAAUAUAAAUUAAUCACAUUGGUAUUAAAAAUUAUAUUUAAAUUUAAUAAUAUUAACAUUAUUGUAGUUUGAACAUGAAAUUAUUCAUUAAUUAUUAUAUGAUACAAUAAUAUUUUAUUCUGGUUUACUUUUGUUAAUUAAACAUAUUUGCUACAUAAUUAAUUGGCAAAGAGAAAAAAAUUGUAUUUGUAAACUAUUCCUCCUGAUUUUUUAUCAUGAUAAUAAUAAUCAUUUUAAUUUUAAUAAUUGGAAUACUGAAUUAGAAUUAGGAUUAUAAUUUUAAUUUUUUUUUUACAUUUUAAGUAAGUAGAAAGUAGUGAGAGUAAUAUGAAUUAAACUAAUUCUAUGUUAAGUAAAUUAUAAAGUGAGUUAUCAAUAAUAUUGAUAAAAAUAUCUUAUUUAAUUUUUUAUAAUCAUAUACUGUCAUAAUAUAUUUUAUUUCUACUUAUUGUAUGUGACAUUUGUGUUCUUUCCUAGUGAAUAUUUCAUUUGUUAUUUAUAAUAUUUUAGUAAUUAAGAUUUUGAAUCUCCUUUAGGAAAACAAUUGUAAAUGCAAACGUAUAAUACAAACAAUUGUUAAACUUAUUUAAAAUAAAUAAACUUACAAAAAUUAUUGAAAUUUUCCAUAACCAUUUUAACGCGUGGCAAUUUGCAGUGUGGAAAGUAUUAUUAUUUUAUUAUUACUAUUAUUAUUCUAUUUUGUAUUAUAUAUUAUAUAUUAUAAUAAUUUAUCUACUACUAUUUUUAAAUAAUAGUAAUAAUUUUAAUCCUUAUGCUGUUCUUGUUAUUUUUUCAAUUUUGCUCUUAGAUCAUAUAUAAUCAAUUUUUGUAUGUGUAAGUAACAAACUUAUUCACUUGCUAAAAAUAAUAAUUUUUUUAAACACAGGAAAUACUUAAAUUCUUUGAUUGCUUUAGAUGUUUUGUAUUUUGAUUUUGAACUACAUAAUAGGAAUUUCAAUAUAAGUAGAUGUGUUUUACUAUAACUUUUGGUAACUAUUACCACUCUUACUAUUAUUAUUAUAAUUAUCAUUAUAAAUUAUUACUUUCAAUAUGA